CGUGGAUUCUUAACGUUUUCAUUCCCACGGAAACUCUAGCUGCUUACUGCCUUUCACCGGGAACAUGGCGAGUGAUACGAGAGCAAAUCGUGAAAAGAUUGAGCUAGAUAAUUUGUUGGCCCCGCCCGGAGGGGUCGCGGGGGAUGAGAACGGAACAACCCAGGAGGGUGAGGUCCGUGAUGGAAGGGAAUCGCUGGCAUUGCCCAGCCCCGCUACCUCUUAUGGAAGUACAAUGAGUAUUGGACCAGGAGCCUCCACCGCCAACCUGUUGAGGAUAGAUCUUGACAAGAAAAUUUCCCGCCACACGGGGGAGGAGCGGGAAACGUGGGACAGUCGGGCGGAAUUUAUUUUGUCACUAAUUGGUUAUGCAGUUGGACUCGGAAAUGUUUGGAGGUUUCCCUACCUGACGCAGAAAAACGGCGGAGGUGCGUUCCUCAUCCCUUACGCCAUCAUGUUAGUAAUUGAGGGUAUCCCCUUGUUCUACCUCGAGUUAGCCAUUGGUCAGCGCCUCCGGAAGGGGGCAGUCGGGGCCUGGAAUCAAGUCUCGCCACUUCUACAGGGUCUAGGUUUGGCAUCCGCCGGAGUGUCCAUCAACCUUGCCCUGUACUACAACACCAUAAUGGCGUGGUGUUGUAUCUACCUAGUACAGAGUUUUCAAAGCCCCCUCCCCUGGUCAGUUUGUCCAUCCACAACUGAAGGCAACGUCACUGUGAUAAACGCUGAAUGUCAGAAAAGUGGGUCCACCUCCUAUUUUUGGUACAGACAAACAUUAGACAUAGCGCCCUCUGUAGAAUCACCUAGCGUCAUCAACUGGAAGCUGGCCUUGUCACUGUUGGUAUGCUGGACCAUUGUUUACCUGUGUCUCAUCAAAGGAAUCAAAUCAUCAGGAAAGGUGGUGUACGUCACAGCAACAUUUCCAUAUUUGGUGCUCGUUAUAUUUUUCUUCAGAGGUAUCACACUUCGCGGAUUUGAGCGAGGUUUGUGGCAUCUCUUCGUCCCAGAGUGGAAGUCUCUUCUCGACCCCAAGGUUUGGCUAGACGCUGCCACUCAAAUCUUCUAUUCGUUCGGUCUGGCAUUUGGCUGCCUGAUCGCCCUUUCCUCCUAUAACCCUGUCAGAAACAACUUCGCAAAACAGGCCUAUUUUGUAACCAUCUGCGAUUUCUUCACUUCAAUAUUCACUGCAACCGUCGUGUUCUCCAUACUCGGAUUCAAGGCUACAAUAGCAUAUGAGGAAUGUCUCGAAAAGUAUGGCAACGGUACUGACGUUAUCACCAAUGGACACUCCCACGUCAAUCAUACUUGUGACUUCAAAACUAUUCUUGUUGAGUCCGGUUCUGGGACAGGUCUGGCGUUCAUAGCCUUUACAGAAGCAAUCAACCAGUUUCCAGUGGCACAGCUUUGGUCUAUCCUCUUUUUUCUUAUGCUUUUCACGCUCGGUCUGGACAGCAUGUUCGGAACACUAGAGGGCGCUCUAACCUCCAUUAACGACAUGAUGCUUUUCCCAGGAGUUCGCAGGGAAAUUAUGUGUGGUGUGGUGUGUCUUAUAUCAUUCGUCAUUGCGCUGUGCUUCUCCACAUCUACGGGCUCAUAUGUAUUCUACCUAUUCGAUUCAUUCUCAGCAAACAUUCCCCUUCUUAUCAUUGCCUUUAUCGAGUGUGUAGCUGUCUCCCAUAUAUACGGGCUCGAUCAGAUGUCAUACGAUAUUGAGAUGAUGAUUGGCACAAGACCUAAUUAUUUCUUUUUGAUAUGCUGGAAGUAUAUAGGUCCACUAGCUAUGAUUGUCAUAUUCCUUGCCAGCAUCGUAGAGAUGUUUUCGACUGGAUUAUCAUACGAUAUAUGGGACGCUGGGAAGGGUUUCACAGUGACCGUACCGUUGCCAUGGUGGUGCUUGCUUGUUGCCUUUUUGCUGGUCAUGUCCUCUGUUCUUUGGAUUCCAUUAGUCGCCAUUGUAAAGUACUUCCAUAUUAUAGACUGGAAACCGGAAGUUCCGGCAUUCUUCCCGGAAGAGGAACUAGUAGAAGAAAAAAAUAUUAAGCCUCACGUUACCACAAAUUUCGAGAAACAUGUUUUAGGCUUUAAACAAUAACCAACGUAAAUAGAUGGCAAAUGAACGGAAAGCAACAGUGAAUAUCGCUGGGUCGGGGCGGGUUAUACACCAUGAUUGAUGGAUGAAGAUGGAUUAUUUUCAAGGGAGACAACUCAAAUAACACAUAAAUACAAAAUAUAUCUCUAUCAACCUAUUAGAGCUCCUACAAUGGUGUUAUUAGAACUGGAAAAGACAUUAGUGCACAAGGCGAAAAUUAAUAUAGGGAAAAAGUGUACAGAGACAAAAAGAAUAUCGGAACGUCCGGACUGGUGGAAAAUAUGCAUUAACAAGUAUGCGACUCGGUAACGAUGUGUUACGCAAAAGAAAAUGCAAAAAGAACGAAGAAUUUUACUAAUUUUUAAGAUCAGAGACUUUCUUCUGUCUAAGAAUAGAGGAUUAACGCUUGACAUGUGUAUUAUCAUGUAUAUAAAUAUGUCGGAAAACAAACCAAUUACAUAUCAAAGCAUAUGGUAUGCAGAGGAAAGACAUCGCGUAUUGACAACUGUCAUGCAAAUGAGAGUGUACAGGUUAUCUACAGUUGUCUGGGCAAUGGGCGUGUCCAUGGGAAUGAGUGUUAGAUUUGGACAGCCGUCAUGGAAAUGUUGUGUCCAUACCAAUGGCAGGGUACAAUGUAUUGACAUUUGUCUGGGCAAUGGGCGUGUCCGUGGGAAUGAGAGAGUGUUAGAUUUGGACAGCCGUCAGGGAAAUGUGUCCAUACCAAUGGCAGGGUACAAGUUAUUGACAGUAGUCAUGGUAAUGGACAUGGGAGUGAGAACAGCCUCAGGGCAAUGGUGUGUCCAGGUCAAUGGCAGAUACAAGUUGUUGACAGUUGUCAUGGUAAUGGACAUGGGAAUGAAAUAAUAGCCGUCAGGGCUUAAUGGUGUCUCCAUACGAAUGGAAGGGUAUAAGGUAUCGACAGUUGCCUUGGCAAUUGUGUGUCUAUGGCAAUGGGAUUGUAUAAGAUAUCAAGGUCAUGGGAAUGGGAGAAUAUAAGAUAUGGACAUUUGUCAUGAAAACGGGCGGUCAUCAGGCUGUUAAGAUAAUAAUGACAAGUUUUUCAGGGUAUUUAUAAGGAACGGCUUGAAUGUGUAAGACUACAAAAGAAAGAAUUCAUCAAAUCAAGGUCAUGUAUUACAUUGUUAACGGCAGGGAAGGUCUCACGAGGUACAAAUGGGAUAUAUGUCCUUCAAUGUGUUCUUAUUUUAUCAUUACUAACAAUCAAUUAUUAACAUUUUAUUUUUCAGAAUUCUGAGUGAAACUUUACACAAAUUUAUAUCUUGCACUACAGUCGGUGUAAACUAUUAGAUUUGAGUUAAUAAUUAAUUUGGAAGAAAGUCGAAAAUUAAUUAAAUACUGCAUAUAAUAUCAAAAAUAUUUUCAUAUGAAAAAAAUUAUAUAAACCAGUAUCAACAUAAACAUAUGCAUAUUUCUGUUACUGAUAUCAGCGAUAAUCUUAAAUUCACGGUCAAAUAUCGCAAACAUACAUCUUUCAUCAACACACAAGUUAUGUAACAAUUUAGAUUUAAACGAUCUCUGACGGGUUUGCCAAGAGUGUUAUUUCAGUUUUAGAUAGAUGUUGAGAAGGUGAGAGAGACUAGUGUUUGUUGAGAGCGACACGAACCAUGGAAGAUGGUAGUUGGCAGAUUAGGGUCUUCUUUGUUGCCAUGGGACUGUGUAGGAAAGCGAUGGAGUAGUCUUAUGCAGUAGAUUAGUUUGCAUUAGUUUGUGUGUCAUAGUCAUAAUCAACUAUGUGUUAAUAUAGCGUAUAUAUAUAUAUACUUAUAGAGUAUAACAGUAAAACUUGAUAUAGUUUUGUUAAACAAAAUGAUAAUAAAGGUGUUAUAUAUCAAUUG